UUUAAAGAGACACAAAAAGAUACUUAGCAUAAGAGCGCAUUGGUAACCCGAAGUUUGACGAGGCUUUUGUGUAGUUAAUGUAAAUUGUGUUUUGAGGGAGUGGAAAGAUUUUGUGUAAACUUUGGAAAAUUACUAUUUCUGCAAAAUUAAUAGAUAUACGUCGGUUUGUCUAUUCGUUUCCUGGUGUUGGAACAAUAAAGACAAAUUUUAAAAGUUUUUACUUAAAAAUAUCAAAUUGCACGAUGGGAAAUCAGGAAUUGACAAAGAUGGCCUGUUAACUAUAGGUGUCAAGCAUAUUGUAUAAUAAUUUGUUAUUUACAAAUAUUUAAACUGAACAAAUUCAAACAAAAAUUACAUAAUGAGGAAAGUAAAUUUCUUUCAUCGACUAAGAAAACAUACGGAAAUGACUGUAAUCAUGAUAGUUUGAUCUUGAGAAAACAAGGAAAUAUCGGCAAACAAAUCUCAAAUAUUGAUUCGGUCUUUCAAGUACUUGUUGAAUGUUGACAUGGGAGAAAAUAGUGAAUAUUAGAACGAGACGAUGAUUUAAUGGAUCAAAGAUUGUAGAUUUUGCUUGGAUUUAAAAUGGUUGUGGAGGUAUUUUUGUUGAUUGUGCAUUCUUGUGUUUAGUUUGAAAUACUAUGAAAACGGACCAAACUGACAAAUGAGGAGAACAUCCAUGAACUGAUGAGAAAAUAUAUUGAAUUAAAUUGAAAUAGUUUAAUUUAAAUUUGUGAAAAUGUACCAGCCUAUGUUUCCAAGUCUUACUGGUAAUACUGGACAAAAGGGGGCUCUAACUCUUGGUGCUUCUAAACGGCCCAACGGGAGAAAGGCCAACAGUAUAAUCAGGAAACGAACCAAAGAUGUUCCGUAUGAACACGCAGGCAAAUUUCCUAAAGAAAAUGUCGAAAAUAACGAGGUUGGACAACAGUCACAGCAAAUGACAUCUGUCAGAGCUGGCCUUCAGAGAGCGUAUUUAGACGGAUUGGACUUCCUCCGAAACAAGAUUCAGGACUCGGAACAGGAAGUGCAAAGUUUGCAACAAAGUUUUUAUAGUUCCGAGGAGGCAAAGGGAGAUAAUUUAACUCAAAAACAGUUAGACUAUCUAAAACAAGUGAACGACAAGUUGUUAAACGCAAAUAAUGAAUUAAAGCGCAAAAAUGUAAAGUUAGAAAUUAUAGAUAGUGAAACACGCCUUGUUGGUCUUAUCAAUAAACUCAGAGAAGCAAUGGAAUAUGACAAAGGUGAAAUAACGACAAUAACUGAGUUCUGGGAAAAUCUCAAAAAUACAGUUGAUGGUUUUCGUGCCUUAGUUGAAAAAUUUCAAAAUAGUGUAUUAAAUCGGUUAAAUCAGAGUUGCAUUAGCUACAGCAGUGAUGAUAUUAACCUAGAAGUUUCAAACCGUUAUACCUUGGAUAUUUCUGAUUAUAUAACGGAGUUAGAACGCGAGUUGACAAAUACGAGGCUACUUCUGAAAAGUUUAGAUAGUGGUUUACACCAGGAUUUAUUCAAAGAUUCAGAAUUCUCAGAGAAAUUACUGGUUGCUUGUGAUUUGAAAGCUUUUCCUAUAUUAAGACUUAUACCAGAUCUAGAAAACAAAAUCAGUAAUUUAUGUGAUAUUUCUAGAAAAUGGUUAAACAGAGAUGAAGAAUAUAUGUAUGAAGUGAACGAUUAUAUACGGAAAACACGAACAAUAACAAAAAGGAGAUCAGACGUACUGAAAAAUCAAAAAGAAAAGCAAAAGAAAAUUGAAAAAUCGGUUAAAUCAACUCAAAUAUUACUGCAAAACAACAGGGAAAAACUGCACACUAUUGAAUCAGAGCUGAAUCAGUUAGACGAACAAAUAGCUGGUUACGAACACGUGAAGAAGAGUAAGCAUGACGAAAAGGAACAAAAAGCCAAUAUGGCCGACUUUCUAAAGCUUACAUUGACACAAACGAAGAAAAAUUACAGUCUCCAAAUCAAGAGACAGAAACUAUUAAAACAAGUUCGCGAAUUAGAACAACUGCUCAUAGCUAUUGAGAGGGAAUUAUCAGAUGUUCAAGAUAAAAAGGUCGAAAGAGACCAAGCAAAAUCAUUGCUGACAGAAAAAGUCGAAAAUAGUCAAAAAUCAUAUGGUGCUGCAAGAAACGAAUUUAGUAAAUAUUCGGACGAACUUGAAACACUAGAACAGGAAGUUAAUAUUUUAUCAGGUCAGCUGUUACAGCUUGAGAUUAUACAGACAUAUAAAACAAGCCCCGAAAACAUGGAACAGAUAUUUGACCGACCACAAACUGUUAAACUGGCACCUUCAUUGAGGGAGAAAAUAAAAAAUAGAAAACGAAAGGUCGGAACACAGAAAGUAGACUAGUUUCCGUGACUGGAUGUUUUUCACUUGUUAAAUUGCACUUUAAUGUAUUUUAUGUACCAUGACGCAUUUCACUGAGAUAUAGAGUUAAGGAGGAUUAAUAAUCUUUCGAUUGACGUCUUUCAAAUUUUGAUAAUGCUAUAAAGUAUCAAUAUUGUUAGUUAUACACCUAUUUCAUGCCAUAUCUACAAAAUUUUAAAAACAAAUAGACUAAAAAAAGUUUUCUCUAAAGGGGUCCAACCUAGGGUUCUGAAUAUGUGAUUAGCAGGCCUGCUAGUUUGAAUAUCCGAUUCACUGGUUAAUUGAAAGUGUCGAUUAAAGCUCUUUUAAUAGGUGAAAAUGUCGGGGGGGGGGGGGGGGGGUACUAUUACCUCAUUCCCUGUGAGUUUUAAAACAACCACACAUUCCAUAAAAGAGAAGUGACGAAAGGUAUACAAGGAAAAGUUAAAAUCACUAAAAAAUUAUCUGACCUACAUUACACAAAUACAGAAGUGAUUUAAAAGGUAUAUAGAGAAUUAUAAUCAUUUCAUAUUUAAUUCCGGAUAUAUUUUUUUUUAUCUAUUUACUUUUUCAUUUACCUAUAGCGCUGUAUAAAUAAAACGCAUUCUAAAAAAAAUCUGAUAAAUAAAAAGGUAUUCAUUUGAUAGAUUUUUCAAAAGGUUCUUUUGAAAAGGUCCGACAUUUUGUAAAUAUGAAUACAAAUAUGUCUCUUUUUUUAAACUGAACCAAGGUGAUUUUAUUGGCAAAUCGCCAUGCGUUGUAACUAAAAGCCUUUUGAUACUGUACUCAAAAGCCAAAUAUUUUUAUUUCAAAUUGAAAUUUUAUCUUUCGGAAAUCUUUAAUUGUGUACUUUGUAUUUAAGUUUAGUUUAUGUUUAAAUACACCUUGCCUCCCUGGAGACGAUGAUAAUCGCCAUUAACGGAAAUCUUGGCCAGUAAUCCCCUUCCUAAAACAUGUUAAACAAAUAUCCACAUAGAAAAAGUCAAAUAUAACAAGAAAUUAUAAAUCGUCAACGACUGCUGAAUAUUAUUUUAGGAUUGUCCAUGUAAAUUCACACAAAAAGCAAGUUCAACAAUAAGACAGCAAAAUUAUUUCUUCAAUUCUUUUGAGCAUUACCUUUGAAGUUGUACACCAGAUAAAGUUGUAAAUUUCAAGGCCUUAAUCUCUGUUUUGUAAUUGUUUUACAACGUUAAUGUUAUGUUUAGAAAUGAAACUGUGUAAAUUCUUAAAAGAAACUUUAUAAAAAUUAGUUCAUAACUAUAAAUUUCUUUGUAUAGAAGAAGUCGACUGCCACAAAACGUCCCAAGGAAUUCUCUUUCAAAUCUAACAUGCUGAUUUCAUCAAGAAAAUAGAUAAUUCAUGAUAGAGUUUUUUUUUUAUUUACUUUAAUGUAUUGUUAAGCAUAUUUUGUAGAUAAGAGACAAACAGGUAUAUCACCCUGUGGUUAUAUCAUAAUAUUGAUCUUUAUGUUUUGAUGUUUACAAAAGCGUCUUUCAACACAACAUCUUGUAAUUUUAAGUUUCUUCACUUUGAUAGUUAAAUUAUUAAAUUGGAAUUGAUUUAAGACAGAUUUGUGAAUAGUUGAAUCAGGUAUGGUCAAAAACAUAUUUUUUACAUCCCACCCCAAAAAAACUCCUUAGAAAUGAAAAUACGUUUUGAUCUGCAUGCAAGACGGUAGAUAGAGUCAACGCGCAGAUGUUUGUUCCAUCUGUUUAGACAAGAUGCCAAGUUACUCGUCUUUUUUUGUAUAAGCGUUAAAACACAUGUCAUGGAGGUGUUAAAAAUAUAAUGAUGUUUUUUUCACAUAAGUUGUUAAUACUAAGUACAAAAUGUAUAUGAAUUCUUAAAAUAAACACCCCGGGUGUUUGACAGAAUAAAGUCAAUAUUUGAUGCUAUUUCUGAUUCUCAUCUGCGACAAACUAAAACUCCAUAACAACGAGAUAGAAAGAAAGUAACAAUGCACAGAAAAUAUUUGGACAUAACCGAAUUUAAAAUAUAAGAUAUGCAAGCAAUAAUCAAAUUUUCUCUAUCAGAUAUAUCUAGUUGACCUCAAUUUUGAAUUAAUCGGAAAAUAGACAAAUUGUCAAAAGUCGAAUAUGGUAAUAAAAAAACAAUAGUUCAAAUUUUAUUGAUAUAUAAUGUAUAUCUUAGAACUAAAUAUUUGUCCGGCAUUUGAUACUAUCUUAAAGUCAAGUACAAUCACUGGUGUAAUUGUUCUCAGAUGACACAAAAGAAUGAAUGGAUUAACUAUAACUAUAACUGUGAUAUGACUGUUGUAGUAAGGCAUCACUAUGACUGUUCUUUGUGAUAUAUUUUUUUUGUAAGGCAUCACUACGACUGUUCUUGUGAUUUUGGCUGUUGUACUGGUAAGGGUUGUUUUAUGUGAUAUGACUGUGGUAGAUUUGUGUAUUUUGUACAUGUUUACGUCAAUAUUAUGUGAUUCCGUGUAUGCCAAAAGAUACGCAAAAUAAAUUUGUUAAAAAUUA